AUGAAUCACAUUGACGCAUCAGAGCACUACGACGAGAGUGCCUUCACCGGCCAAACACCCUCGCUUCUCACCAUCAUAAUCGAUACCAACCCUCGCGCCUGGGCCGCGCUCAACGACACUCUACCCAUAUCCAAGGCCAUCGCCAACAUCCUGGUCUUCGUCAACGCCCAUCUCGCCUUCGGCAACGAUAACCAGGUCGCUGUACUUGCUGCCCACACCAACAGGGCCGUAUGGCUCUAUCCCAAGUCGCCCAACCCGGACAGCGUGGCUGGACCUGAUAGCCAAGAUGUCGAGAUGACCGGCGUCGAUGGUCGGCCGUCACACCCAGAGUUGGGCACCUCGGCCAACAAGUAUCCCCAGUUCGCCCAGAUCGAGACCUCUAUCCUGACCUCACUGCGCUCGCUCAUCGACAACACGACCACGUUCGACCUGAAACCGACCACCCUCAUAUCUGGCGCCCUGACCAUUGCCCUCUCCUACAUCCACAAGACCUCACUCGCCUUUGAGCCGUCCAAGACCUCCAAGGACCCGGCCAACCCGACCACAGCACCCUCUGCUACGCUCGCCGCUCCGACAUUACAUGCCCGCAUCCUUGUACUGUCGGUCUCCGACUCCGAGCCGGCUCAGUACAUCCCCACCAUGAAUGCAGUGUUCGCCGCCUCGCACGCCCGCAUACAUCUCGACACCAUAUCUCUCCACGGCAUGCCAACCUUUUUGCAGCAGGCCGCUUUCAUCACGGGUGGGACGUUUCUCUCCGCCGCGUCCAACCCGCGGGGCCUACUCUCGUUCCUUAUGUUCGGAUUUCUUGCCGAUGCUGAGGCACGUCGGUCUCUGAUCACACCCACUCAAGAUUCGGUCGAUUUCCGAGCAGCUUGCUUCUGCCAUCGCAACGUCGUCGACACGGGGUUCGUCUGCAGCAUAUGUCUCAGUAUCUUCUGUGAGGUACCUGAGAAUGCUGAGUGUCUGACCUGUGGCACGAAGCUGGCGUUGGGAAGCUACGGAGCCAAGCCAGCUGUUAUACCGCGCAAAAAGAAAAAGAAGAAGCGCAUCAAUGGUAUCAAUGGUAGGGAAGAGACGGGCAGCGCGACGGGGACGCCCGUGCCUGCGUGA